UCACUUCUUCGGGCAGCUUUGUAUUCCUCAUCUGAUGAAAGCAAAACUGAAACCUAAGGCUGAUGCAUAUAUUCCCUCCCCUAAGCUGUGUGGCUGGGAGAAAGGCUGAGUGCAGAGAGUCAGCUGUUUGAGUGGUGAUACUGUUUGGGUAGAAGAGCAAGAUUCAUUUUUGGAAUCUCAUGUCUUUGUGGGACGUUAAGGCACCGCGCUUUAAGCUUGAGCAUCUGAUGGCUCUGGAUGUGGCAGAUGCUAGUACCUUGAAAAGCAACGUGGUGCAUUUGUUGCUCCAGCACCCUCAGGGGAUCAAAUAUGGAGAUUUUUCUGGUGCCUUCUACAAGCUCCAUGGCCACCACCCCCAACUGGCUCUUCAUGGGUAUCACUCGCUCACAGACUUGUUGACUGACAUGAAGAAUGUGGUGGUUCUGGAAAAAAAUUCCCAGGCAACAGUGGUCAAGAUAGCCUAUGGUGCUCCUCUUAAUCAUUGGCUCAAGGAAAGACAAGGAUUGGACUGCCUAAUGGAUGAAGAAACAGGUGCACCUCCAGAGGGCGCUGCUGUGGAGGGAAGCCCAGAUGAGGCAGCUAGACCUUCAGAGAGCAUGCUGCAGCGGGAAGCCCAUGCCGAAAUCAAGCGCAAAGAAGGCGGCAAUACCUGCCCCCCACCUUCACCCAGCUGGGAUCCCGAGCUCUCUAUAGGUGGAGACAGAACAACAGAAGAAAGUUUAAAAGAGUGUCCAGCAGAUGGCAUUGUGCUAAUCCGGGAUAUCAUUGGAAAGCGUCUUCAAGGACUGAAGCUGAGGAAACUGAGGAAGAUUCUGAAUGAAAAGCACGGAUUUGACCUGGAGAAAUUCAGGAUUUCUCUGGGCUACAAGAACACAGUAUCCUUCCUGGAGGGGAUUCCUGGGCUUUUCCUCCAGAAGUGCCAAAAUCGCAAUCAUUGUGGCAUCCGGCUUCAAUCAGGAAGUUGGUGUUUUACAGAAGGACCAAGAAGCCAAGAACCAGAUGGCUUUGGGCUAAUCCGGGAUAUCAUUGGAAAGCGUCUUCAAGGACUGAAGCUGAGGAAACUGAGGAAGAUUCUGAAUGAAAAGCACGGAUUUGACCUGGAGAAAUUCAGGGUUUCUCUGGGCUACAAGAACACAGUAUCCUUCCUGGAGGGGAUUCCUGGGCUUUUCCUCCAGAAGUGCCAAAAUCGCAAUCAUUGUGGCAUCCGGCUUCAAUCAGCUGUUCUGCGAGGACAAGACAGGACACAAGAGGGAAGGCAAGAUGAGGAAGACUCCAAAAGGGCGGAAGUGCAGCAACAGAAAGUGGGUGACAGUCCUGUUCUUGAAGAGCAACCUGAGAACAUUGAUGCUCCCAGAGGGCAGAGUCUUCCAGAUGAGGUGGAGGACCAAGAAUCAAGACCCUUGACAAGCAGGCAGGUGACCAAUCCCUCAACAUCAGCAAAAGGUUUUGAAGAUGUUUGCGCCACCAUUGUGGGGAUGGAGCAACGCAUGAUUCAAACAUUUAACAAGUUUCAUACCAGGAUGUCUCGUCUUGAGAAGAGGGUUGCCCAAAACAGCGGUCGGCUGAGGAUCCUGGAGAGGAAUGAAAGGGAGAGGAGAAGUGAAACUGCUGAGACUCUGUCCUGUGGACAGGAGGACCCCGAUAAAAACCUUCCCUAGUUUCUGCAUUAUAUGGUUCGCAUUUAAGAGUUAAAAACAGAUACUGAGUUUGAUAGUUGGAAUUUAAAUAAAAAUAUUUUGGACUCCUAAACAAUCAACUUCUUUAAUUGUACAAACAUUAGGAACACGAAAAAUUUUUUUCCUGAAACAUGCACAACUGCUGUUGGCUUCACGGCAUGAAACUGUUUUAGAGAAACACAACAAAACUUGAGUGUGAGGCGGUCCUGGGAUCUUCCCACACAGGAACAUUUGGGGUAACCGGACCUGUCUGACUGACUGCUGUUUUCAGAAGGAAUUGUUGCAUUUUGGGGUUUGACGGUUGUUGCUGCCGAAGCAGAGCUUUUCCCAGGCUGUGCAAAGUGUUAACAGCACUUCUCAUCCUACUAUAUAAAAGUCUAAGCAUAUUCAAGGGAAUCCCCCUUUCCCUUUACAGUUAACAAGUUUCAUACCAGGAUGUCUCGUCUUGAGAAGAGGGUUGCCCAAAACAGCGGUCGGCUGAGGAUCCUGGAGAGGAAUGAAAGGGAGAGGAGAAGUGAAACUGCUGAGACUCUGUCCUGUGGACAGGAGGACCCCGAUAAAAACCUUCCCUAGUUUCUGCAUUAUAUGGUUCGCAUUUAAGAGUUAAAAACAGAUACUGAGUUUGAUAGUUGGAAUUUAAAUAAAAAUAUUUUGGACUCCUAAACAAUCAACUUCUUUAAUUGUACAAACAUUAGGAACACGAAAAAUUUUUUUCCUGAAACAUGCACAACUGCUGUUGGCUUCACGGCAUGAAACUGUUUUAGAGAAACACAACAAAACUUGAGUGUGAGGCGGUCCUGGGAUCUUCCCACACAGGAACAUUUGGGGUAACCGGACCUGUCUGACUGACUGCUGUUUUCAGAAGGAAUUGUUGCAUUUUGGGGUUUGACGGUUGUUGCUGCCGAAGCAGAGCUUUUCCCAGGCUGUGCAAAGUGUUAACAGCACUUCUCAUCCUACUAUA